GUCGCGCGAGGUGUACGUGUGUUGGGCUCAUUGUGAUCGCUUUCGCGUCUUUGUAAUUCAAUGUUUACGCGAACGUGAAAGUUACGGAUAAAUAUAAAAAAACUUUUUAAUUGUAAAAAUAAAUUCUAUGCAAUAUAUACAGUGUAAAUAGUGAACUUUAUUUAAGAAAAUAUGGACAAAAACACAACGAAUCCGCCGUCUCCUUCGAAGACCAAAGUGAAGAAGGAGAAUGAAGAGGAAAUUAAGGAGUUCGCUGAAACGGCAAUGAACGAGUUAUUGGGCUGGUACGGUUACGAAAGACUUGAACUUCGGAGAUGGGCAGCGUCGAGAGCGCGAGACACGGGAAGUCCGGAACAAACGGAACAAAAAAAUAAAGCUGAGGAGUGUUCCUGGUGCAACAAGAACAUAACAAGUGAUAGUGGCGCGCUGCAACAAGCUGGAGCGGCGUUCUGUUCAGAGCUGUGCUUCAGUCAGUCCCGCCGCGCGAACUUCAAGCGCGCCAAGACUUGUGACUGGUGUCGACACGUACGACAUACAGUCGCAUAUGUGGAUUUUCAGGAUGGUGCCACGCAGCUUCAAUUUUGCUCGGACAAAUGUCUCAAUCAGUAUAAAAUGCACAUCUUUUGUCGAGAGACGCAAGCGCACCUAGAUCUCAAUCCGCAUUUGGUAAACGCUUCAUCAUCAUCAAACCUUAUCACGCCAGAGCUUUGGCUAAAGAACUGCAAAAGUAGAUCAGUGUCACCAGCGUCUGAACGCUCAGGUUCUCCAACUACUGAGAAAAAAAAUAACGAAAAGGAUAUAUCACCUAACCAAAGAAAAUCUCCGCUUCCAUUAAUAACUAUUGCGCCACCAGCAAAAUUAAUGAAUAAGCCACCCGAAGAAAGAUGUAUUCAAAAGUCACCCGAAGGGAAAAAGGACUCAAGAACGAAGAUGAAUUUACGAAAGCGAAGGACAUCGAAAUGUUCGGCUACGGUGACAUCACAAACACUUCGACAGCAAAAUUCAACACCGAAAGCACAGGAUAUGAGAAUGUGCAGUCCAUCUAUUGACGGAUCCUCGCCAGCUUCAUCAGUUACAGUCAGUAACAGUGCGAUACAUUCUCCACCGAACACUAUGAACCAACAGGUACCACCUCCAUUCCCCACCCCAAUGUUUGGUAUGCCCCCGCCUGUUUUCGUGGAUAAUAAUAAUGGACAUAUUAAUGAGCACAGACAUCCAAUGUUUGUUCCAAGAUUAGGAUUUAUUCCACCGCCUCCGGGAAUGAUGCAUCAAGAAAGACCAAGACUUUUUCCGCCUAUGAAUUUCCCACAACCCAUAGGUCAAGCUCCACCAGUUACAGUACUCGUUCCUUACCCCGUAAUAUUACCAAUACCUCUACCAAUACCUAUUCCUAUACCAUUAUCAUCGUUUAUCCAAGCACAUCGUUCUAACAAAGUGAAAACGGAAGUGAAUACUGAUGACGUAGAGGGACCUCUUGAUUUUACUAUGAAUGGAGAUAAGAAAAAAAAUGAAAAUGUUUGCAGAAUAGAUAAUGACGUUGAAUUAAAUACAGAAGCACCAGAUAAAACCAGUCAAUGUGAUCCAAAUAAAGAGAUAAAUGAAAGAAUAGACAGUGAUAAGUCAUCCAACGAAACGGCUGACGUCAGUAACCCAGAACAGACGUUACCAAAGUUUAAAAUUACGCGACUAGGCAAUAAAAUGGCCAAAAUCGUAACAAAGACAAGAGAACCCUCAGAAUCAUCAAGACCUUUAAGGAAACGACGGAGGCUUGUCGAAGCAACCGAUGAUGAUUCACUUAUUCCUAAAACAAGGAAAAUUGUACAAGUGUAAAUGUUAUUAAAACCAUUAAAUUAUAUAUAAUAAUAUAAUCUUCAUUCAUACAUAUCACAAAGCAUUAUAAUUCGAACAGAGUUCAUUAUUCUUUCAAUUUGCUAGUCCUAGAUAUAAGAUCUUAUUCAU